GUUUACAAUAGCCCGCUCUCUGAUAUAUACCCGAUUUCAGUCAAGGGCUCUCAUAAUUUGACGCGAAGGCGACUUACGUUCAUUUCUCGAUUUUGGAAGGACUUGGAAACACUCGGAAUUCUGGUCGAGGUCAGUGUCUAUAUAGAUCAGUGUGGGAAAUAAAGAUGGAAUUUCCAAAUGGACAAAACUGUAUAAAAAUGUCUUCAAAACCUCCACUUGCAUUCUCUAUAGACAAAAUAAUGGGAACAACAAAGGAAUCUACAGAAAACAGUGAAGUAACCGAAUCUAAUCAUGAAUUUGAUAAUUCAUAUAAAAGGAAGGCACAGAAGGACAUUAAUGAGCAGGAUAAUUGCAGCUUAGAUGAUUCGGAGAAAAGCAGUUUUAAACCGGUGAAAAGAAGCAAGCUUGCGGUUAACGAGGAAUACAGGAAACAGCAACAAUAUUUAGCUACUCACUACCAACAUGCUGCUGCUGUUAUAAAGAACGAAAUUCAAAAACGACAGAUGAUACCGUACAUGGGGAGGGACAUAUUUGAUGUAAAUAUGAACAAUGUAGCUUGCCUCCACCCGGCAUUUAUGUUUGGAAGACUCUCUUCUGACGACUAUAGAGCACACAUUUUACAAAAUAUUUCCGGCAUCCAACACCAGUGGCAGACUACAAACAAAAACAAUGGUCAUAUGCUAGAAUCAUUAAAUUGGUCAAAUAUGAAAUAUUUUCCGACAGACGGUAAACACAGCCCACAACAAGAAAAGACACAAGAUAAAGACCACGAAAAGCAACAGUUACAACAACAAAAUAAUCCUGAAUGUUCGCCGAAAGGUAGACAACAAAAACUCACACAUAGCAACAACAGUCGAACUUCCAGCGAUGAUGAAAUGGCAAAAGCAAACGAUCUUGAUGCAAUAAAAGAAAAUGGUUCUUCGCCAAGCACGAGUAAAAGGCUGGUUUCGAAGUCACAAAAAUCAUUUUCUUGUCCGGAAUGCGGGAAGCUAUUUAAUGCACAUUACAAUCUGACCAGACACAUGCCCGUACAUACAGGUGCAAGACCAUUUAUCUGUAAAGUUUGUGGAAAGGGAUUCCGCCAAGCGAGCACAUUGUGUCGUCACAAGAUUAUACAUACGUCAGAGAAACCGCAUAAAUGUGCCACGUGCGGCAAAGCGUUUAAUCGAAGCUCCACCCUAAACACACACAUGCGCAUACAUCUCAACUAUAAACCAUUCACGUGCGAAUUUUGUGGGAAGGGUUUUCACCAGAAGGGAAAUUACAAAAAUCAUAAACUCACCCACAGCACAGAGAAGCAGUACAAGUGUACAAUUUGUAACAAAGCGUUCCACCAGAUUUACAAUCUCACAUUUCAUAUGCACACUCAUAACGAUAAGAAACCUUACACGUGCACAAUAUGUUCAAAAGGAUUUUGUAGAAACUUUGACCUUAAGAAGCAUGUUCGCAAACUUCACGACGGAAUCAAUGGGUCCGGAAGUUUGAAAUCACAUAGUGGCCCAAAUUCGCCGAUGGACACGACCACCAUGAGCACUAUCAGCAGCAGCGCUUUGUUUCAACCAAAUAUGAGCGUUCCACAUCAACAUCAAGGAUAUUUUCCCGGUUUUUCGAGGCAAGGUCUAUUUCCCCAACCGUCUGCAUUUGCAUGCCAAAGGGGCAUGGUACCUCCAUAUUUGCUGAAUCAUGGUGCUACAUCUUUGUUGCAGAAAUUAUCAUUUAUAUAAAAGGGAAAAAUGACACAGGUUUAUAUCUUUAUCUAUUUAUUUCACUGAAUUGACUGCAUUGUGAUACAUUUUUGCAAUUUGUACGUGUGUGAAUAUAGAAUAUUCACCACUGAGUAAUAGUUGUUUUUUUCUUAUUGGAAAUUGAGUACAUUAGCAAAUAAUCUUUCAAAACUUGUGAUUUGUUUAGUAUUUUUAUUAAUAUCUCACAUUCUCAUAAAAAAUUACAUGUAAUAUUUUCAAAAAUAAUCCAUUAUUGAAAAAUUAUACUAGAAACAAAACAAUAUUAUUUCUGAAAAACUAUUCUGUAAGAUUUUUCUUUAUUUUUAUAUAUCAUUUAUAAUUAGGCAAUGAAGAAAUAGUUAUAUUCCAUUACAUUUUGUCCUCUUCCCCUUUCAAAGGAUUCUUUGUAUCAAUUCAAUGACGGGAAAAAUCAUUGAAAAUAUUGAGAGAAGUCUAGCAUUAAUAGAUAACAAGAACAUAUCAACUUAUGUCAAGUUUUGUUUUAGAUUAGAUCACAUUUUCAUGCAAUAUUUGUUUUUUUUGUGUGCCACAACACACAUAUAGUAACUUAUAAUACUAGUUAUUUUGCA